CCCAGCGUCAGGUCGGCCACGCGGACCAAGGGCCUGGGCGGUUGAUUGGUGCGGGUGGUUACCUCUCCUAGUCUCAGCCCGCCGCCGGAGGCGGGAGGGAGGGCCCCGCGGCGUGCGGAUGGCAUGGCAGGCGCUGCGGACGGGCGCGGGGCGGGAGAGCAGCUGCGGCAGCCUCCUGUGGCUUGCCAAGCCUUCCCCGAGCGGCCGGCUCCGGGGAAGCCCGAGCAGGGGUUCCUCUCCAGCUUCUUCUCCAGCCACCAGAAGUGCCAGCUCAUGCUCCUGAAGACUCUGCAGACAAAUCCAUAUGUGAAACUUCUACUUGAUGCCAUGAAGCACUCAGGUUGUGCUGUUAACAGAGAAAGACACUUUUCUUGUGAAGAUUGUAAUGGAAAUGUCAGUGGAGGUUUUGAUGCUUCAAUGUCUCAGAUUGUUUUGUGCCAGAAUAAUAUCCGUAAUCAGGCCCAUAUGAACAGAGUGGUCACCCACGAGCUCAUUCAUGCAUUUGAUCAUUGUCGUGCUCACGUCGACUGGUUCACCAAUGUCAGACAUUUGGCCUGCUCAGAGAUUCGAGCUGCUAACCUCAGUGGAGACUGCUCACUUGUAAAUGAAAUAUUCAGGUUACAUUUUGGAUUAAAACAACACCAUCAGACUUGUGUGAGAGACAGAGCCAUUCUCUCUAUCCUGGCUGUUAGGAAUAUCAGCAAAGAAGUAGCUGAAAAGGCUGUUGAUGAAGUUUUUGAAUCUUGUUUCAAUGACCAUGAACCUUUUGGAAGGAUCCCACAUAACAAGACUUAUGCAAAAUAUGCUCAUAGAGACUUUCAAAACCGUGAUCGGUAUUACUCAAAUAUAUGAAGACAAUGACAUUUUAUAUUACAGAGCUUCAGUGAUCAUGGAGAAAAUAUGGUUCUCAAGUGCACAAAUGCAUAAAACAUAAAUGAUCAAUUAAAUACAGAUAAGACAGAAGAUGCUGAUUCUGGCAUAUUAUCAGAAAAAGUAACUGGUGAAAAAUGAAACUGCCUUAAACUUCAAGGCAAAAAUUAUAUCUUUAUCGUUAACCAUUUGGUAAAUAAGGCAAAUAAAUUACAUUUUUGUAUUUU